AUGAAUUCAUUGAUUGUAAGAAACUGCUGUCCAUCAUGGCAUCCGAUUUCGAGGUCUACUGUUUUCCGUGAUGUAAACCGACCAAGCCUGGCGGGCGCUUUGCUUCGGCGUGCUUCCAGUGCUGUUGGUGAUCAACAAGAACCUCAAAUCCAAAAGACUCGUAACAUAGGCAUUAUCGCUCAUAUCGAUGCUGGGAAAACAACGACGACCGAGCGUAUGCUCUAUUACAGUGGGAAUACUAGACGAAUAGGAGAUGUCGACGAUGGCUCUACAGUUACGGAUUUCCUUCCAGCAGAGCGCGCUCGUGGAAUAACUAUCCAAUCUGCAGCCGUGACUUUCCACUGGCCACCAUUAGGAACAACAACGCCCACUAAACGGGAGUUGCCAAGGGCACAAGUAAUUCAUACUAUCAACCUGAUCGAUACACCUGGUCACUCGGAUUUUACUUUUGAAGUUCUUCGGUCUUUGAGAAUUCUUGACGGUGCAGUCUGCAUAUUAGAUGGGGUGGCAGGUGUAGAAGCCCAAACCGAAAAGGUGUGGACUCAAGCCAAUAGAUAUAGUAUUCCAAGGAUCAUUUUUGUCAACAAAUUAGACAGAGAUGGUGCCACCUUCCAAAGAUCUGUGAAAGAGAUCGGUACUAGGCUUCGAGGCUUCCCAGCAGUUUGCCAAAUUCCUUGGUGGGCUGGAGGCAAGGGUAGAUUUACUGGAAUUGGAGACGCCGUCAAUCUUUGCGGCCUUGAGUGGGCAGAGGGAGGUGAUGGCAAGGCAAUUCAGACUUUUACUCUGGAUGGACUUGUGGAAAAAGAUCCUGGUUUGCGUGAAGAACUAAUACAAGCUCGUAUCGCAUUGGUUGAGGCAUUGUGUGAAUUUGACGAAGAGCUUUUAUCAAUCUGGAUGGAUUGCAACGAUGAUCCGAUGCAAGUUCCUCCCCAGGCAAUCCGCGAUAGUCUGAGACGAUGUAUCGCCGAUGGCUCUGGGAAGCUCAUCCCCGUGUUUGCAGGCGCUAGCUUCAGGAACAUUGGUGUUCAGCCUCUGCUAGAUGCCGUCAACGAUUACCUUCCAGCUCCAAUAGAACGACCAGAUCCUGACAUAACACUGGGAAGCGAGGAACAUAGUCUCUCUGACCUUCUCAACGGCAAGAUCUUGACAGACAGUUCAGAUCAGAAAGCUCUAGCAAAAAGGACUCAAUCGACAAAAGCGCUGGUAGCGCAGAUAGAGUCCUGUGCUCUGGCUUUCAAGGUUGUCCAUGACCCCAGGCGUGGAGUUCUUGUUUACGUUCGAGUAUACUCCGGCUCUAUCAAAAAGAAUGCCGCAACAUGGAACACAAAUUUACAUGUCAUGGAGCGCGCCCAAAGACUCUUACAGAUGCAGGCGUCUGAUGCAGUUGAAUUACAACAGAUUUGUGCCGGCCAGAUCGGGGUUAUUGCUGGGUUAAAGCAUGCUCGAACUGGAGAUACCUUGGUUGCUUGGCCUGGUAACAAUCCUAAGAGCGGGCCUCCUGCUCCUUUGAACACUUUACAAUUGCGUCCUAUAGAUGUUCCACCUCCGGUAUUCUUCGCAGCUAUUGAACCUAACAGUCUAAGUGAAGAGAGAAAUGUUCGCGAAAUCCUACGCAUGCUCCUAAGGGAAGAUCCCAGCUUGCACGUUGACAUCGACGAAGAGUCAGGUCAAAUAUUAUUAAGUGGCAUGGGAGAAUUGCAUCUGGAAAUCGCUCGAGAUCGACUGGUCAACGACUUCAAGGCUAAGGCGACGAUGGGAGAUAUUGAAAUCAGCUAUCGCGAGUGUGUACUUGCCGCAUCAGACACUCACCGAGCACUUUUUGAUCGUGAAGUUGCCGGUAAGAAGGGCAAAGCAGCAUGCGUAGCGACCAUCGAGCCUUUCGAUGAAUUCGCAACACCCCCAAAACAAGACUACACAGUCGUGCGCGAAGGUAAUCACAUAACUCUUCGUGUCAUAGGCUCGAACGCCUCAGACGGUCCACUCGGUUCUUCCGCCUUACCACUAGAUCUACCACUUCCUAAAAUUCGCGAGGCACUCAUCAACGGCGCUGUUGCCGCUCUGGCUCGUGGACCACGUCGAAGCUUUCCCCUACACGCAAGUCAUGUUACGCUGACCGUUGAUCCCACCACCGACAUCUUUCCUUCAGAGACAUCACCAGCUGCAAUAUCCUCCGCGGCUCGUCUCGCUGUCAAAGCCGCCAUGCAAGAUGUAUUCCAGAAUGACAAUAUUGGUCUUAUGGAACCAGUAAUGAAUGCAGUAAUAUCCUGCAACGAAGGAACUUUAGGCGCGAUAGUUCAUGACAUAUCGUCUGCUCGUGGCGGGCACGUUAUGUCUCUUGAGAGCGAAGGUAACGACGAUAGUAGUGAUCUUCCAGCCAUAGACCCGAGUCGAAUCUAUGCGCCUGCUGAUCCAUUCGCAUCUGGAGGAAGCCUAGGUACAGACGGUCCAGGUCAGCAGAGACAGGUCACGGCAAGGGUGCCAUUGAAAGAGAUGGUCGGCUACCUAAAGCAUUUGAGAAGUAUAACGGGUGGCAGAGGCACAUUCGUCAUGACUGUUGACAAGUUUGAGAAACUCUCCGGACCAAGAGAGAAAGCGGUGUAA